AAAUCAUCUGGGAGGAGAGCAAAAACAUUGGUGAAGUAUGUUGUUGCCAUUAAUUAUAAAUUUCAAACUUCAUACUCUCAACAAGAUACAUUUGUUUUAACAGUGUGUUUAGCGCAUCGUAAUCUGUUUCUAUUUCUCUUACAUUCCAUUGCAUCUUGAAAAUAUGUUAUUAUCUUCAGUCGAAACAAUAUCUGGAAGCGCAACUUGUACAUUACGUGAUAUUUUGCGUUGUCAUAACCCUUAACUUUCCCAAAUUAUAAAUGUUUAAGUUGCCAGUUGUAAGCUUCCUCAUGUCAUGCUUGGUUUGUUCAAGUUUGUUUCGCAUUCAGAACAAAGUGUUAGAGUAAGUUGGUUAAAAAACCCAGCCUGCUUUUGUUAUGUUUGGGAAUGACAAUUUCAUGAACUGAUUUUCAGUGUCUGGAAACUCAUUGCAGUCAUAUGCAAUCCUGCAUCCACAAAUUACAUGAUUAUAUGAAAACAUGUACUAAACAAAUGUGUAGGUUACAAUCAAAAAGUACAACCUCUCGCUCUGCUACAGUGUUGGGCCCGUCCCACUGGGCACAGACAUCAGUUCAACGUCGUUUUGAUUUGUCAACUAACGUGAAAUCAACAAGAAAUGGCCUCAUGUUGAUGACUUUUUGCAAAUCCAAUCAGUUUUACACUGAUUCAACGCCAUUACAUCUUUUUUUUAUGACGUGGAAACAACGUUGAUUCAAUCAUUUUUCCCCCAGUAGGGUGUCUGUCAGUAGCUAGAAUAGAACAGAAUAGAUUGGAAUACAAUACAAUAGAAUAUCUAUCGGUCAAAAGCAAAAUAAUUCCCCAACAACAACAGGCAAGAACUGUCACUAUAUAAGGGCUGUUGUAGACUUAAAGCUUUCACAAUGGUGGGUAUAUGGCAGCGACGACCCAUCAAGAACAAUAACGGUCAGGGGCCAAGGAAUCGUCAUUAGGUCGCGCGCUCAUAGAAUGGGACACGACGACGCACUGUCCUCAAAGUCCCCUUCCAAUUCAUGCUGUGGCAGGAGAGAGACGGGGAGAAAAUAUCCAUCGAGGCACUUAGCGACAGCCAAAGCGAUGGACCACAUGCAUUUCAGAUGCUUCAAUUCGGAUGUGGCUACAAUGAUUCUGUAUCACGAAAAUGUAACGAAUACUGAUGUGAAUCGGGCUAUUGCGCUCCAAACAGUCACGUAAAGCGUAUUUUAAUCUUAGUAUUUUGUGGUCACCGACUGGCAUAGUUAUUUUUGUCGAGACAUUUUGAUACCUCCGUUAAAAUGCAAUCCCUGCUUCCUUUAUUAUUGCUUAUUUAAUAUGUAAAUCAUUUUGUUUUUCAAGAACGUGGAGCAGUGUUUUGCAUGGAGUGAUGAAGUCAGAUGCCUAUGCAGUGGAAUCUGAGCCCGGUAGAGUACAGCCAGGUAAACUGUAUGGUCAGAGCGCCCCAUGGAGGAGGCUGUCUCUCAGGGGGAAUCCUAACUACGCCUCUCAUGUUACCAUUUAUUUAUUCUCUCUCUCUCUCUCGCUCUCUCUCUCUCUCUCUCUCUCUCUCUCUCUCUCUCUCUCUCUCUCUCUCUCGCUCUCUCUCUCUCUCUCUCUCUCUCUCUCUCUCUCUCUCUCUCUCUCUCUAUCGCUCUCAUUGUACAGCGCGUGCUGUGGUCGUGGAGCGGAUAAAUGCCAUCGCGUGAAGCGCUACCCCCACGAAGAGAACUCCAUGUCUUUCUUGGUAAGGGAUACUUUAUUUCGAUCAGCAUGGCUUUGAUGUUUAGCUGAUCAUGACUAUGAUUUAUCUAAAGAGCGCAUCCAGGUCGAGGAAGAUGAUGAGGAUGAUGAUCUAAUGAGCCAGUGUCUCCGCCAAGUGUCUAGUGUGUCGCUCUCAUAGCAUAUUGUUCUAGCCAUGCACCAAUCCUAGAACUCAUUCUUUAUUUAUCAGGGUUCAUUCAUAAGGCCCAUCUCAUUAACCAUGCAUAUUGCCAUUAUCUUACCCUGUAGGUUAUAUUAUGGGUACCAAUCUGCUGCUAACCCUGUCAUCCAUCUCAACUGUCUCUUUCUAAAGUAGCAGUCACUUCAUGGGCAUGCACUGCAUGUCUUCCUCAACAAACACUGUUGUUUUCCACAUUGGCUCCCCCUUGAUGCUCCAAAAGUAUCUCUUCAGUGUUGUCCUAAGUCCCUCCUUUUAUCAUUAUAAGGGCAUGAUGGCAUGCCUGUCCUCUCCUAUUGGACGGUCUCACUCCUCUCAUCCCUCCUCUCCUAUUGGACUGUCUCACUCCUCUCCUCCCUCCUCUCCUAUUGGACUGUCUCACUCCUCUCCUCCCUCCUUCCCUAUUGGACUGUCUCACUCCUCUCCUCCCUCCUCUCCUAUUGGACUGUCUCACUCCUCCCUCUUCUCCUAUUGGACUGUCUCACUCCUCCCUCCUCUCCUAUUGGACUGUCUCACUCCUCCCUCCUCUCCUAUUGGACUGUCUCACUCCUCUCCUCCCUCCUCUCCUAUUGGACUGUCUCACUCCUCUCCUCCCUCCUUCCCUAUUGGACUGUCUCACUCCUCCCUCCUCUCCUAUUGGACUGUCUCACUCCUCCCUCUUCUCCUAUUGGACUGUCUCACUCCUCCCUCCUCUCCAUGGACUCGUCCACUCCCCUCCUCUCUUAUUGGACUGUCUCACUCCUCUCCUCCUCCUCUCUAUUGGACUGUCUCACUCCUCUCCUCCCUCCUCUCCUAUUGGACUGUCUCACUCCUCCCUCUCCCUAUUGGGACUGUCUCCACCCUCUCCUACCAUCCUCUCUUAGUGGACUGUCUCACUCCUCUCCUCCCCUCCUCUCCUAUUGGACUGUCUCACACCUCUCCUCCCUCCUCUCCUAUUGGACUGUCUCACUCCUCCCUCCUCUCCUAUUGGACUGUCUCACUCCUCUCCUACCUCCUCUCUUAUUGGACUGUCUCACUCCUCUCCUCCCUCCUUCCUAUUGGACUGUCUCACUCCUCCCUCCUCUCCUAUUGGACUGUCUCACUCCUCCCUCCUCUCCUAUUGGACUGUCUCACUCUCCCUCUUCUCCUAUUGGACUGUCUCACUCCUCCUCCUCUCCUAUUGGGACUGUCUCACUCCUCUCCUACCUCCUCUCUUAUUGGACUGUCUCACUCCUCUCCUACCUCCUCUCCUAUUGGACUCUCACUCCUCGCCUCCCUCCUCUCCUAUUGGACUGUCUCACUCCUCUCCUCCCUCCUCUCCUAUUGGACUGUUUCACUCCUCUCCUCCCUCCUCUCCUAUUGGACUGUCUCACUCCUCUCUUCCCUCCUUCCCUAUUGGACUGUCUCACUCCUCCCUCCUCUCCUAUUGGACUGUCUCACUCCUCCCUCCUCUCCUAUUGGACUGUCUCACUCCUCUCCUCCCUCCUCUCCUAUUGGACUGUCUCACUCCUCUCCUCUAUUCUCCUCGGGGGGCAUGUCUCACCCCCUCCUCCCUCCUCCCCUCUUCCCCAGGACUGCUCCUGCAUCUCCCACACUCAGGUCCAGCCAAUCAGCAUAGAGGACCAGUAUGAGGACAUCAGCCACCAAUACCUGGUCAGUACAGUGCUGUGUCCACUCUGCUAGCAUCCAAUCGGAGAACUGAAGCCCACCCGGCCUUGUCUUUAUGGUGUGGUCAGCCUAGUUCUCUUGUAUCUGGUCAGACCACUAGGACAACAUAGGACAGUUCCGGGUCCUGUCUAUGUGAUGGUAGAGCUGCGUGUAACCUACCACAUCAUAGGGCUGCCAGCCACUGACCAGAUCACUAGAACAUUACAUAGCCUAUAGGUGAAACAAAGCUCUUCAUGCUGUAUAGCACAGCAGCAAGCCUUUUUCAUAGCUGCUGUGUCAGCUCACCCUGGAGCUAACUGCCACAGCAUCCCGCCCAGGCACGUGCACAGAUGGGAGUCAACCUGUGCCCAGCACAUGCCCCUUUGCCACCCCACUCGCCAAGUGCCCAUUUGGGUGGUGGUGUAUAUAUAUACUGUAUAUCUUUUUUGUAUAAAGUUUUGGUCAUUGUUGUUCUGAACCGAUUGCCUGCAAGUCGUCAUGACAUUGUCGAGUUCGCCACCCCCACCCCGUCUGUUGGUUGCUCCUGUUGGUCAGCCCUGUACAGAUCUCGUGCUCGCCCAGUUGCGCCUUUUUCCCCAGUCUGCCCUCUACUGAGAUUGCGCGUGCCCGGUAUCCAAACAUGCAUGAGAUCCGGUCACCGGUCGAAUGUGUGCAGCUAGCUACCUAGUUUAAAUAUCAACAGUACUGCCACAUCAGUAUAACAUUUGAUUAACACUUGAUUUACAUCGUCAUCAAUAUUCCGUCUGAUUGGCUGAUACACUUAGGAGAAAGAGGUAAAAAGACAGAGAGAGGAGCGUCUGCAUCGACCCUCGCUCCAACCGACCCUCGCUCCAACCGACCCUCGCUCCAACCGACCCUCGCUCCAACCGAUCCUCGCUCCAACCGACCCUCGCUCCAACCGACCCUCGCUCCAACCGACCCUCGCUCCAACCCAACUCCAUCCCUUCCUCAGUCGGCAGCAGCAACACAGGUAGUCUAGACUCGCAACAAGCUCUCACAGUCUCACUGCAGAAUUAGACGUUUAUCCACGUUUCUCCCAAACGUCACAUUUCGAAGUUGCUCCAAACGUCAAAUUUAGAAGAUUAAGGGUUAAGGUUUUGGAUAGGGUUAAAACAUUAUUUAGGCACUAAUUCUGAAUGGUUGAGGUAAGGGUUAAGGUUUUGGAUAGGUUUAAAAUAUUACGUUGAAUCAAAUUUAUUUUUCUAUCAAUCAAAUGUAUUUAUAAAUCCCUUUUUACAUCUGACAAAGUGCUAUACAGAAACCCAGCCUAAAACCCCAAACAGCAAGCAAUGCAGAUGUAAAAGCACGGUGGCUAAGAAAAACUCUCUAGAAAGGCAGAAACCUAGGAAGAAACCUAGCGAAGAACCAGGCUCUGAGGGGUGGCCAGUCCUCUUCUGGGUGUGUCAGGUGGAGAUUAUAACAGUACAUGGCCAUUAAGGCCAGAUUUUUCUCCCAAGAUGUUCAAACGUUCAUAGAUGACCAGCAGGGUCAAAUAAUAAUCACAGUGGUUGUAGAGGUUGCAACAGGUCAGUACAUCAGGAGUAAAUGUCACUUGGCUUUUCAUAGCAAAGCAUUUACAGGUUGAAAUUGCAGGUGCGGUAGAGAGAGAGAGAGUUGAAAACAGCAGGUCUGAGACAAGGUAGCACGUCCGGUGAACAGGUCAGGGUUCCAUAGCCGCAGGCAGAAGAGUUGAAACUGGAGCAGCAGCACGACCAGGUGGACUGGAGACAGCCAGGAGUCAUCAGGCCAGGUAGUCCUGAGGCAUGGUCCUAGGGCUCAGGUCCUCCGGGAGGGGAGGGAGAGCGGGAGAGAGAAUUAGAGGGAGCAUACUUAAAUUCACACUGGACACAUAAUAAGACAGGAGAAUAACACCAGAUAUAACAGACUGACCCUAGCCCCCCAGCACAUAGACUAUUGCAGCAUAGAUAGUGGAGGCUGAGACAGGGGGGGUCGGGAGACACUGUGGCAGGAUAUAACCCCACCCACUUUGCCAAAGCACAGCCCCCACACCACCAGAGGGAUAUCAACAGACACCAACCUACUACCCUGAGACAAGGCUGAGUAUAGCCCACGAAGAUCUCCUCCACUGCACGAGCCCGAGGGGGCGACAAACCGGACAGGAAGAUCACAUCAGUGACUCAAGUGACGCACCCCUCCUAGGGACGGCAUGGAAAGCACCAGUAAAUCAGUGACUUGAUUUGAUUUGACUCAGCCCCCGUAAUAGGAUCAGAGGCAGAGAAUCUAAAUGGAGAGACGGGAACCGGCCAGGCAGAGACAGCAAGGGCGGUUCGUCGCUCCAGUGCCUUUCCGUUCACCUUCGCACCCCUGGGCCAGACUACACUCAAUCAUAGGACCUACUGAAGAGAUGAGUCUUCAGUAAAGACUUAAAGGUCGAGACCGAGUCUGCGUCUCUCACGUGGAUAGGCAGACCAUUCCAUAAAAAUUGAGCUCUAUAGGAGAAAGCCCUGCCUCCAGCUGUUUGCUUAGAAAUUCUAUGGACAAUAAGGAGGCCUGCAUCUUGUGACCGUAGCGUACGUGUAGGGAUGUACGGCAGGACCAAACCAGAUAGGUAGGAGCAAGCCCAUGUAAUGCUUUGUAGGUUAGCAGUAAAACCUUGAAAUCAGCCCUAGCCUUAACAGGAAGCCAGAGGCUAGCACUGGAGUAAAAUGAUCAAAUUUCAAACACACACACCAAAGUACUCAACAGCCUCUCCCUCCCCCAACACUGGCCCCAGUGUAACUACCCCCAUCAUCACCCUGUGUAGUUUAACACCACAGUGCCCCCCUGUGGCAGCCACUGGUAGAUCAUCACCACAACAUCGUAGUACUUUGACCUCUUCAGGCUCAAAGGCAACACUCACUCACCCUCAUUCUGCUUCCUCUUCUCUGCUAGAUGGACCCAUUUCAUGUUAGUAAAAAAUACCAUACUAUACUAUAGCACUUGUAGACUGCUUACAUUGUAAGGAAAACAGUUCAUUUGGGUGAACUAUCCCUUAAAGGGUUAUCUAGGUAAAUCCGUUUAUUAUUGUGACCUACUACAACCUCUAUCCAUACUAUUACCAUGUUGUUACUACAUUUUCUGUGAUCUAAUGAAAAGUGCUGCUGAUACGUUUCAGGGUUGUGUGUGAGUACGUGUGUGUUUGAUUCUUCACAGAGCUCUGAUGUCUCAGAAUGCACUUUCACCGGGGGUGGUGCAGGCAGCGAUGACAUCACAGCGCUCUCUGCUAACUCCGCCCACUACCAGCUGCUGUCAGAACUGGGUGAGCAUCCCAUUGGUCACAAAUCAACCAAUCACUACAACCCAGACAAGUCAUUUCACUCCAUAGUUUUUGCCUGCAGAGUAAUAUCUCCUCUGAUAAAUACAAAGCAUAUUGCCUUUUAGCACAUUACUGUUGAAUAGAAUGGCUAAUCCAAAAGGUUAGUUUACAAUUUCACUGACCAAGUCUCAUGCUACCCAUAGUCCGAGUAUAAAGCAUUUGUAUUGUGGACAUUUAAUGCUACGCUUAGUCUAUUGCCUUUUGUCACAUCUGCUGAAUAAAAUGGCCAAUUCAAAAGGCUAGUUGACAAUCUCCCUGUAUUAUUGAAGACCAUACUAACCAUACCUGAGUGUGAAGCAUUUUCAGAGUUGAACGUUUUUCUACGCGUCUUAAUGUUUAUUACCAAACCAUGUUCACAGGGAGGGGCUUCAACAACCUGAGCCAGGUGCGCAUGGCGUGCCAUACCCCCUCCCGCCAGCUGGUGGCAGUCAAGAACACCAACCUGGAUGAGUGUACUGAGGAUGAGCUGCUACAGCUGAUGGUGCGGUACUGUAUUAAAGGUCCAGAUACGACCCACCUUGUCUCUUAAUGCAAGUUCAUGUCGUAAGAUAUAUAUUUUGUUCCAGCCACAACUGAUUCAAAACACCUGAUUCAACUAAUCAAUUUCUUAGUUGAGUCGGCUGAUUACUUGAAUAAGAUGAGUUAGCGUUGGGCUGGAACAAAAACCUGCACUGGCGCUCUCUAGGUCCAGGGUCGGUGACCAUUUUAGGUCAUUGUUCAUAAUAACAUUGUUGGCACUUGGCAGUGGUAUAAGCCAUCUGGCUCACUGUGUGACCCCCAGUGUUUCCUGGCUGUGUGACCCCAGUGUUUCCUUGCUGUGACCCCAGUGUUUCUUGGCUGUGUGACCCCAGUGUUUCCUGGCUGUGUGACCCCAGUGUUUCCUGGCUGUGUGACCCCAGUGUUUCCUGGCUGUGUGACCCCAGUGUUUCCUGGCUGUGUGACCCUAAUGUUUGCUGGCUGUGUCCCCAGAAUGAGGUUCUUCUCUCCAGGCUGUUCCGCCACCCCAACCUGCUGACCUCUCGCCUGGUCUUCAGCUCCUGCUGCCAGCUCUGGGUCCUCACACCACUCAUGGGCUACGGUCAGUCUACUGCAUGCAUCUUCUAACACACGUUUCCUCUCACCAUCUCUCUCCCACACUUACUCCCCCAUCUCUCUUCGUCCAUGCUACUUCUCUCAGAGAUAAGUUGGUUGAACUUUAUUUUUUACGGUACAGAAAUUACAUGAAUUGCAUGUUUGUAAGCAACAUUACGAACCAUUUGGUACCAGGUAGUUACCUACUCUCUCUCUCUCUCUCUCUCUCUCUCUCUCUCUCUCUCUCUGUCCCAGGUUCGGCAGACAGCCUGCUGAGGACGUACUUCCCUGAUGGGAUGAGUGAGUCCCUGAUCGCUUACCUCCUCCACGGAGUCCUGAAGGCUCUGCAGUACCUGCACCGCAUGGGCUACGUGCACAGGUGAGGGAGGAGAAAACACCAUGGGACAAGGGAGAGAUAUGGACCGUUUUAAGGCUGUUACUAUAUGUUUCCUAUUUAGCGCAUGUUUCUUCCUUUUUAACUCUGCAUUGUUGGGAAAGGGCUCGUAAGUAAGCAUUUCACGGUAAAGUCUACACCUGUUGUAUUCGGCGCAUGUGACCAAUAACAUUUCAUUUGAUUUGUUGAAAGAAUCAGCCUAGUUUGCAGUCUCAGUUGGUCACCGUUGGACAUAGUUGCUCGGAGCAGAUUCAACAUGUAGAAUCUGCCAGGGACAGUUGGUCACCGCUGGUCAAAACGACCUAAUGCAUCAUCAAUAGUUAGUUGACUGUAGAAGCCUGAAGAUUUGCCGAGAGUGAACGCUCUUUUCCACAACUCUCCUCCUCUCCUCUUUCUCUCAGGGGAGUGAAGGCCAGUCACAUCCUGCUGUCUGGGGAGGGGCGUGUCUACCUCUCGGGGCUGCACAGCGUUUACAGUAUGAUGCGGGAUGGGAAGAAGGUGAGGACCGUGUUCGACAUGCCCCACCACAGCCCCGCCCUGCUACCCUGGCUCAGCCCAGAGCUGCUACGACAGGACCUGCAUGGCUACGGGGUGAAGUCAGACAUCUACAGUCUGGGGAUAGUAGUCUGUGAGCUGGUCAGUGGCAGGGUGCCUUUCCAGGACAUGCCCCCUACACAGGUACUGGGGCCAUACAUACAUCACAAUGUCAUACGCUAGGGCUGUUAUCGUACAUUACAAAACAUAGUUCAGUCUGUGAGAGUCUCUUGUUUUUCUCCCUAUCUCUCCAUGUGUGUGUGUGUGUGUGUGACUGUGUGUGUGUGUGUGUGUGACUGUGUGUGUGUGUGUGACUGUGUGUGUGUGUGACUGUGUGUGUGUGACUAUGUGUGUGUGUGUGUGUGUGACUGUGUGACUGUGUGUGUGUGUGUGUGUGUGUGUGUGUGUGUGUGUGUGUGUGUGUGUGUGUGUGUGUGUGUGUGUGUGACUGUGUGUGUGUGUCUGUGUGUGUGUGUGUGUGUGUGUGUGUGACUGUGUGACUGUGUCCAUGCUCCAUAUGUCUGUGUCUCUCCACCCAGAUGCUUCUCCAGAAGCUGCGUGGCUCCCACUGCUGCCUGCUGGAUGUGGCCCCCUCCCCCCUGGGGGAGCUGGGGGGGCUGAAGGUGUCCCGCUCCGGGGUGGACUCUGGCAUCGGGGAGAGUGUUGCCACGGGUAGCCUGACUCGCACCGCCACUGCAGAGAGACCUCAGAGCCCCGCCCCCAAGAACCACUCGGCCACCCUGCACAACCUGGUUCAGCUGUGUCUGCAACAGCAGCCCGACCGCAGGUGAGACGUACACGCGUGCACACACACCGAACGCAACACACACACACACACACACACACACACACACACACGAACGAACGCAGGGGAGACACACACAGGAGCAGCAGACAUUACACACAGGGGUGCUGGCAUCUCCGUUUGAAGUGUUGUUUUUUUUUCAUUCAAGGAACAGUUUUAAAUGUUCUUGUGUUCCGUCUGAAUUUCCAUCAUUUUUGAAAGGCAUGUAAUAUGUGAGAUGACUAGUGCUGCUAGAUAUGACAGUGUUGUGGGACAUUAAGGCAUGGUGUGACUUUGUCCUGUUGUGGUGUUCCAUAGACCCUCUGCUUCUACACUGUUGACCCAUGCCUUCUUCAAACAGGUAGGUCUCAUCAUCAAAAUGCUGUGUUUUGGACUGGAUUGCAUUCUGGGGUAUGGUUCUGGCUGACUUCGUAUUCAUGUGUUUUUCUGUGGACUGUAUGACAGGUGAAAAGGCAUCAUACCCGGGACUCCUUCCUCAGUCUCAUGUACCCCGCGGUGCCCCUUGGAGCUUCCAGCCCCGAUGACCCCCCUGUGUCCUGCUCCCCUACCCCGUCCUGCCACCACCCCACCUCCCCCAUUGCUGACCCCACAGAGGAGGUGUGGGACUUCUCC